UCAAACAGUCUAUCAAAAAAACAAAAGAGAUGCAAGAGAGAUAUACAAUUAAGGCAUCAGAGUUGAUCUAUCAGGGCUUUUGUCUUACUGGUUUCUCUUGCUGCUAGUGUCCUUACUCCCUGUCCCAUAACUGUCACAAUGACUUAAUUAUUCAUAUCAUGUACAGGCACGCAGCACAUCAAAGACUAUAUCCUUCAAGCCCAGUUCACAGGUUGGGAGGUGACGGUGAGAGGACGAACGCCUUGCAACAACUCAAAUCGACACCACCCUGAUUUCACAAAUAUUCAUUGAGAAUCACACAAUCAUUGGUCACAGAAGAAUAACAAAUAACACAUUCUAUAUUGGCUUAAGUGCCAUUUUCGGAUUAGGGUGUGACCGUUCUCGAGUGCUCGCAGAGCACGAAUGUGCGCAUGCGCACUGUUUUUACUUAGGUCUGUCUAUGAUCUUUUGAGAACAGCGAGAUACUUAUAAGAGUCAUUCUGGGAGUUGCUUCAAGCUCUGAGUAAGCCUCCCGAUCCGCAGUCAAGCACCAAGGUCCCCUGUCAGCCUCUUCUUCGUUAACAUUAGUCUUUUUUUAAGGUGGCAUCAUCAAAAUGGGUCUCUAUCUCGUGGAAAGUUUCCAGAAGGCUAACAUCUUUGCAAAGCUAGCUUUCAUGUUUCUCCUGAUCGCCGAAAUCUUGGGGUGGAUCGCUUUCACCACGACAGACUGGGGUAGAAUGUUCACAUUUGGCGGAGAUUACGUAGGCUACGGGCUGUGGAGGAUCUGCACGAACCUCAUCUGUGAAACCAACGACGGCUGGCUGCUGGAGUGGUACGGAGUGGUGCAGGCCUUUGCUAUUAUAGGCUUUGUAACGCUAAACCUCGGCUUCUUCCUCGUCAUUCUCUUCAUGUUCGUCGCCACCUGCAAGUGCAACUCCGACCUCAGCUUCUGGAACGCCAUCAACUGCUUUGCGGGCGCCAUUUGUUGGCUCAUCUCUAUCAUCAUUUUUGGGAUUAAGUUUGAUGACAAGUACGAUCAAGGGUAUGGGAAGACAGUCUCCUACUCCUACAUUCUCGCUAUCAUCGCCCUGGCCUUGAUGAUAGCAUCGGGCAUCGUCCUGCUCCUGACCAACCGAGGAGGUGGCGCCGUUUCAUCCAAGUGACAUCACUCCCUCCAACUUCCGGUGAUGAUGUCAGCUGCCUGGUAUCUACUGGCAGUCUGAUCUCAGGAUAAAGACAAGUAGAUAAUGUGGGUAGUAGAUUAAAAUAAAUAGAAAUGUCUACUCGAAACAUGGAAACAAGCAGUUUAAAAUGAAUGUUUGAAAGUUUAAAUGAACAGAAAAGUACAGUUACAUAUUAUAAAACAAAUUUAAAAAUCUGUUUGCUACAUCGUAAUGAGCAAGAUAUGUUAUAUAAAGUUUAAAUUAAAGUAUUUUAGGGUGUUGUGACAUUGCUUCUCAAAAAAAUGACUAAUUAAUCUUUUUCCACUCUCCACAUUUAAUAUUCCAGUGAACA